CAUAAAUACUACACGCUUUCUGGCAUAAGUUCACUCUAACACAACAGCAACACAAAGAGAGAAGUAUCACCACGGAGCACUGGAAGCACCUGAAGACACAGACACAGCACCCAGCCAAGUGUUCAGUUUAAAGAAUUUCCUUAACAGCAAGCAGCAGAGUCUCUAAGCUCAGAGUAGCAAAAGGAUGGUGGAAUACACAAGUGCGCCAGGCGACGUGGAGAUGGGUCUGGAGGAGAAGAUGGUGGUUUUGGUAGAAAAGAAGUCAUCCACAGAAUGGAUAUGGAAGAUGUUCGGGGCCCUUCUCCUCGUGGCCCUUUGUUUUGGAGGAGUCCUGCUGUUUGCUUGGCACUGGAAUGGCCCAGAGACGACGACACAACCAGGCCAAGCGGAAGCUCUAAUCGAGGAGGACUCUGCUGAGAAAACAGAUCUCCACUACACGCUGAGGCGAAUCAGCAGCAAUGCCAAGGCAGCCAUCCAUUUAGAAGGUAGCUAUGAUGAAGAAGAUGAGAGCUCGAAAGACGAGCUGGAGUGGAAGAACGGUCAAGGCCAGGCGUUCGCUCAGGGCGGCUUCCAGCUGGUAGACAACCAGAUCGUCAUCCCGCAAACCGGCCUCUACUUCGUCUACAGCCAGGCGUCGUUCAGGGCGUCCUGCAGCGACGGCAACGGGGAGGGAGCGGGAAAACGCCUCACACCCCUCAGCCACAGGAUCUGGCGGUACUCAGACUCCAUAGGCAGCAAGGCGUCUCUGAUGAGCGCGGUGAGGUCGGCGUGCCAAACCCCUGCUCCGGAGGACAGCCACAGAGACGGACAGGGCUGGUACAACACCAUUUAUCUUGGUGCAGUGUUUCAGCUGAAUAAGGGAGACAAGCUGUGGACGGAAACCAACCAGCUAUCAGAGCUGGAGACCGAUGAGGGCAAGACUUUCUUUGGUGUGUUUGCACUUUGAAAUUACUCUUUGUUGUGAUACUGAUAGCAAAGAUACAAAGCUCCACACAGUGCCAUAAGUGUUGGCUUUUUUAACAUUAAUAUAUUUUAUUUAAUAUUUUUUUAGUAUUAUUUUAGUUUUAUUACUAUACAUCUUCGUGGUGAUGUAGGAAUGCUAAAAUCUCAAUGGAGAUAAACCUUAACUGAUUUUUAAAAAUCCUAUGAACUGUAACAGUUUGCAACAUUAUUUUUAUUUUGGGCACUUUUUGUACAUUAUUUAUGCUGACCUGAGAUUGUAGCAGGCUAGACUUUCUCUGCUGUAUCAGAUGAUGACACAGCUCUUCACUGCAGAGUUAAGGUUCAAAGAUUAUGAGGAUUAUGUACAUAACUAUUAUCCCCUAUCAUUACAAUCAGUAUGUAUUUAUUUGUAUUUAUUUAUAUUUAAAAUGUUGGGACUAGGUGUUAAAAGACUAUUUAUGUACUUUUUUAUGUACUUUCUGUAAACGUGA